GCAGCAAAAAUGGCAGAGAAGAAGGCAGCCAACCCGAUGAAGGAGCUCCGCGUUGACAAGCUCGUGGUCAACAUCUCCGUCGGCGAGUCGGGCGACAGGCUCACCCGAGCCACCAAGGUCCUCGAGCAACUCACGGGCCAAUCCCCCGUAACCAGCAAGGCCCGCUACACCCUCCGUGGUUUCGGUAUUCGCCGUAACGAGAAGAUUGCUUGCCACGUCACUGUUCGUGGACCCAAGGCGGAGGAGAUCCUCGAGCGUGGACUCAAGGUCAAGGAGUACGAGCUCAGGCGUCGUAACUUCUCCGAGACCGGCAACUUCGGCUUCGGUAUCACGGAGCACAUCGACCUUGGCAUCAAGUACGACCCCAACAUCGGUAUCUUCGGCGCAGACUUCUACGUCGUCAUGACUCGCCCUGGAGCCCGCGUCGCACGUCGCAAGGAGCGCACCAGCCGUGUCGGUGCGCCCCACCGUGUCCGUCGUGAGGAGACGGCGCAGUGGUUCAAGUCGAGGUUCGACGGUAUCAUCAUGAAGUAGGCGGGCCCGUGGGGAGAACUGAGACGUCGUUGUUUCUUCUUCUCUUCCAUCCUUGUCUUGACCUCAACUCCAACCUGUACUUGUCGCACUUCACACCACAUCUCAUACUG